GUCUCGGUUCCGCGGCCGCUCGGUGGCAGCACUGCACCAGGAUUUCCUCCUCCCAGGUCGUCGAAACAACAAACCGAACUACGGAGCAAGCGGGGUGAGACAACGUCCUAAAGCGCCUCCGACCGCCACUUUUGAACACUUUCCCAAACAUUCACCGGAGCACUGGGAAGCGGCGCAGAUUGAAUCAACUCGGGGCUGCCUUUCCCAGCCGGGUCACUUGUCUCCUAUCAUCGAAGGUUCCCAAGCCAGUCACACGUAUACGUUGUCCAGAAGAUGUUGCAGAAAUGAUAGCGGCACCAGAAAUACCAUCAGAGUUCGCUUAUCCACAGGACACAGACACACGAUUCUCAUCAGACACAGACUUCUCUGAAGAUCUCGAUGGAAGGAGUGGCAAUGCUGCCAAAGGAAAGAGUGGGAAGAAAGGAAAGAAGGCAGCUGGGGAGAAAGGCAAAGGAGGCAAGGGUGCAGGGCGGAUAAAUGGCCACCACCAGGAAAAUGGCAUGGAAAACAUGAUGCUGUUUGAGGUGGUGAAGUUGGGUCGAAGUGCCAUGCAGUCUGUCGUUGACGACUGGAUCGAGUCGUAUAAACAUGACCGAGAUGUGGCACUACUCGAUCUCAUCAACUUCUUCAUACAAUGCUCGGGAUGUAAAGGUGUGGUCAGUGGAGAAAUGUUCCGUAACAUGCAGAACUCGGAAAUCAUCAGACGAAUGACAGAGGAAUUUGAUGAGGACAGUGGCGACUACCCUUUAACUAUAGCUGGUCCUCAGUGGAAGAAGUUCAAAACAAGUUUCUGUGAAUUUAUUGCGGUGCUUGUCCGCCAAUGUCAAUACAGUAUCAUCUAUGAUGAGUACAUGAUGGACACAGUCAUCUCUCUUCUCACCGGACUAUCAGAUUCCCAAGUUCGAGCCUUCAGGCACACCUCAACCUUGGCAGCCAUGAAGUUAAUGACCGCCCUGGUGAAUGUAGCUCUUAACCUGAGCAUUAACAUGGACAACACCCAGCGCCAGUACGAAGCAGAGAGGAAUAAAAUGGUUGCUAAAAGGGCGAAUGACAGAUUGGAGUUGCUGCUGCAAAAACGUAAAGAGCUGCAAGAAAAUCAGGAUGAGAUUGAAAACAUGAUGAAUGCGAUCUUCAAAGGAGUGUUUGUCCACCGGUAUCGAGAUUCGAUAGCGGAAAUUAGAGCCAUCUGUAUAGAAGAGAUUGGCGUAUGGAUGAAACUCUACAGCGAUGCCUUCCUCAACGACAGCUAUCUAAAGUAUGUUGGAUGGACGAUGCAUGACAAGCAAGGUGAGGUGCGCCUAAAGUGUCUGACAGCUCUACAGGGCCUUUACUACAACAGAGAACUCAAUGCAAGACUGGAGCUCUUCACAAGCCGAUUCAAGGACCGGAUUGUCUCCAUGACCUUGGAUAAGGAGUAUGAUGUGGCAGUACAAGCAAUUAAAUUGCUGACACUGGUCUUGAAUAGCACAGAUGAAGUGUUGACUCCAGAGGACUGUGAGAGCGUCUAUCACUUGGUCUACUCAGCACACCGGCCUGUUGCUGUUGCAGCAGGAGAAUUCCUCUUUAAGAAGUUGUUUAGCCAGAGAGAACCAGAAGAAGAAGGCGCCCCAAAGAGGAGAGGGAGACAAAGCCCUAAUGCCAACCUCAUUAAGACCACAGUCUUCUUUUUCUUGGAGAGCGAGCUCCACGAACACGCAGCUUACCUGGUUGAUUCUCUCUGGGAAUGCGGUGCUGAGCUACUGAAGGACUGGGAAUGUAUGGUCAGCUUGUUAUUGGAUGAUACUUUGCCAGGAGAGGAAGCUCUCACGGACCGACAAGAGACGGCCCUGAUUGAAAUCAUGCUGUGCACUGUGCGUCAGGCAGCCGAGUGCCACCCGCCUGUUGGACGAGGCACCGGCAAGAGGGUCAUGACAGCGAAGGAGAAAAAGACUCAGCUGGAUGACAGAACCAGAAUGACAGAACUUUUUGCUGUGACCUUGCCCCCUCUACUGGCCAAGUAUGCAGUUGAUGCAGAAAAGGUGACUAACUUGUUGCAGCUGCCCCAGUUCUUCGACUUGGAGAUUUAUACCACAGGUCGUCUGGAAAAGCACCUUGAGUCUUUGCUGCGUCAAAUCAGAGAAAUAGUGGAGAAGCACACAGACACUGAAGUUUUGGAGACCUGCUCCAAGACCUACCAUGCUCUCUGCAAUGAAGAGUUCACAAUCUUCAACAGGGUGGACAUUGCCCGCUCGCAGCUGCUCGAUGAGCUGGUGGAUAAAUUCAACAGGCUACUGGAGGAUUUCCUGCAAGAGGGUGAAGAUGCAGAUGAAGAUGAUGCUUAUCAGGUUUUGUCGACUCUAAAGAGGAUCACAGCUUUUCAUAAUGCUCAUGACUUGUCUGGGUGGGACCUCUUCACCAGCAACUUCAAGUUGCUCAACACAGGCAUCGAGAACGGAGACAUGCCAGAGCAGAUAGUCAUCCACUCACUACAGUGCACCCACUAUGUUAUUUUGUGGAACUUGGCCAAGUCGUCUGAGGGCAGCUCUAGAAAGGACGACAUGAUUACCCUGAGGAAGCAGAUGAGGGCAUUUUGUAUGAUGUGUCAACGCUACCUCACCAAUGUCAACACCGCUGUUAAAGAACAGGCAUUCACCAUCCUUUGUGACCUCCUACUCAUCUUCAGCCACCAGAUGGUGUCCGGAGGCAGGGAACACCUGGAGCCUCUGGUAUACUCUCCAGAGGACUCACUGCAGAACGAGCUGCUUGCCUUCAUCCUAAAUCACGUUUUCAUUGACCAAGACGAUGACACAAAUAGCACAGAUGGGCAACAAGAUGACGAGGCAGUAAAAAUUGAAGCUCUACAUAAGAGAAGAAACCUUCUUGCUGCGUACUGCAAACUUAUCAUCUACUGUGUGGUCGAAAUGAGAACAGGGGCGGACAUCUUCAAACAGUACAUGCGGUAUUAUAAUGAUUAUGGCGACAUCAUCAAGGAGACCAUGAGUAAAACCCGGCAGAUUGACAAGAUACAGUGUGCCAAGACCCUCAUCCUCAGUCUGCAGCAGCUAUUCAAUGAGAUGUUGUCGGAGCUGGGUCACGGAUUUGAUCGAUCCUCGUCUUCCUUCUGUGGAAUAAAAGAGUUGGCCCGCCGGUUUUCGCUGACGUUUGGCCUCGAUCAGGUUAAAACAAGAGACGCUAUUGCAAUGCUGCACAAGGAUGGAAUUGAGUUUGCUUUCAAAGAUCCAAGUCCUCAAGGAGAAGGAGGCCCUCCCCUCAACCUGGCUUUCUUGGACAUCCUCAGCGAGUUCUCAUCCAAGCUCAUGAGACAAGACAAGAGGACUGUCCACAUGUACUUGGAGCGCUUCAUGACGUUCCAGAUGGCGCUGCAGCGAGAAGACUGCUGGCUACCCCUCAUUUCCUACCGAAAUUCCCUGCAGGCCGGUGGUGAUGACGAUACCAUGUCGGUGAUGAGUGGCUACUCCAGCAGAGGUUCUUCUGUUCGCUCCAAAAAGAUCAAGCCUCCUGCUGUCACAGCUGGAACUUCGGCAAUCAAGCGGAAGCUGCCAGAAGAGGAGAGCAGCAGCAGCGAGGUCUGGCAGCAGACCAUGCAGACCCCAGUCAUGAUGGCCACCCCUCACCUCACAUCCACUGCCAUCCGUGACCCCAAGAGAGGUCGUGACGACAGCUUCAUGGGAGUGUACGCCCUCCCUCACGACCAGCAGCAGCCCCAUCAACACCCGCAGCACCAUCCACAGACGCCACAGCACCACCAGACACCCAUGGACUACAACUCCCAGGUGACGUGGAUGCUGGCCCAGAGACAACAAGAGGAGGCACGUCAGCAGCAGGAAAGAGCCAUGAACUACGCCAAGCUCAGGACAAAUCUGCAGCACGCUAUACGUCGCGGUACUGGGCUUAUGGAGGAGGAUGAAGAGCCAAUCGUGGAGGACGUGAUGAUGUCGUCCGAGGGUCGGAUGGAUGACCUCAAUGAAGGCAUGGACUUUGAUACCAUGGACAUUGACCUGCCUCCCUCUAAGAAUCGGCGCGAGAGGUCUGAGCUGAAGCCGGACUACUUCGACCCUGCUUCCAUCAUCGACGAAUCGGUGCUGGGGGUGUCCAUGUUCUAAGCUAAUGUCUGGAUGAUUUUGACGCUGGGAGGACGGAGGAGAAGCUUUGUAUUUAAAGAGAAUUUUAGAUGCAAACACAGAUGUGUUUUCUGUAAGAAAAUGAGAAAAAAAAAGUUUUUUAAAAAAAGAAAAAAAAGAAAAAAGAGAGUUGUGGCUUGUACUCCACGUGGACCAAUGACGACCCACACUCAGUGUUGCUUGCUCAGACAGGACUUUGUUUCCAAAUGUACUUUUCUAAUCUUGGGUCAAGCUCUUACUGUUGAGAUCUAGUGUACCAGGCCACUUCCAAACCUACUAGUCCAGAAAAAAAAGUAUCCAUCAUAGCUUUUUAUUCCUCCUUUUUUUCCAGGCAGGGAUAAAUUGGUGUGUUUUAACUUAAGACAUGUUUAUGUUUAACCCUUUUUACAAUUGUAGUAAGUUACCAGGUGUGAAGUAGUAAUUUAUAAACAGACUGUAGUAGCUUGCCUGUACUGUGUUAGCCCAGUGGAUGGAGGUCUUUCUUUUUUUUCACCCCCGUGCUCCUCUGUUCCUCCCUCCGCCCUUCGCUUCUCGUCCCGGUCGUUGGACCCAAAAACCACUGGUGGUUAAGACGCGUAGUAUCAGUCAGGAUCCCUUUAUGCUGUGAAGAUUCCCAGAGUCCAGCGAACGCCCCACACUGUUAAUCAAUGAUGAGAUACUUCCUGCUACGAAGCCACUGUGGUUUCACCUCAGCGGCGCCACCAUGUGGGCUCCAACCUUUUGUCCCCCCCGCCCCCCUUCCUUUUAUCGAUCCAGCAGCAUAAUGUUGACAUGGGUAUUUACAUUUUAAAUAAAAGUUCUAUAUGAAUCGGUGCUGAUUUUAUAAAUGUUUUGGUUUUCAUAUUUUCAAGUCGGAAAAUGGCCGUCGUGCAGCGAGAAAGAUUUUUAAAUUUGUAUCCUUAUCCCCCUCUUUUUUUUUUUUUUCUGUCUAGACUAUGUCCUUGGAUUUUUACUUUUUUUUUCCCCUGCGUGUUAAUGUUUGGUUUUAACAAGUGAAAAGACUCAGCUUUAAGGGUUUCCUCUACAUUCACAGUCCUGUCACCAAAAUUCUUCAAACGUUAGUCAUGGGGCGAACAUGUUGAAUCAGCAGCAGCAGCGCUGUGGCAGCUAGACCAAGCUUCACCUUUGUUUGUCACUCGCACACACACACGCACACACGCACACACACACACGCAGUGAAAUGUUUGUCUACUGAAGUUUUUAAUUUUGUGGUCAUUCCAUGCUUUACGCCUUAAACAUGCUGGUGAGCGUCACCUCCUCUCAGUAACUCUUCCAUGUCCGAGGCUCCGCCAUGUUUAAAGGUGAAUAAUAAUAAUUGGCUUCAUCUUAGAAACAUGAGGUGGUCAGAUGUAAUGUGAUAACGUAGAUCAACGGCCUAUGAUGUGUUUUUGCCUAAUUAUUUUAUGUAAGUAAAAAAAAUUCUUUUAAAGAAAAAGUACUGUUUAUUGUUUGUUACCACUACAUUGGUAUAAAUCCUUAUUAGAUCAUGUGUAUAUAUACAAAAUUUAAUUUUCUUCUUUUUUUUUUUUGGCCAUUUCUGUGUUCUUGUUUUUCUCCUUCUUCUUCUUCCUGCACUCUUGCCUCAGUUGUCUAUUAUCCCGCCCUUGUUCAGUCUGUUUUCUGAUUUGUACUUGUCUGGAGACAGUAACUUUUGAAUAAAAAUCAACACAUUUCUUU